GGAAGUCGAACAGGAGUUUAGCAGUAUGGCGUGUCUGGAGAUGCGCAUUCGUAUAAAAAUAUGCUGUAGCUAACAGAAUAAACUCUUCAGUCAAAAGCUAGAAGAUAAUUAGAGCAGAUAUUUGGUUUUAAUGUCACCGUAUGCUUUGUUUGUUUUGGUUUUUUGGACAAAGUAAAAACGAGCAAAGCGCGUGACGGUGCUCGGGUUCAGUGUUAGCUGUAGCAGCUCCGAUGCAUGGUGAGUGUUGGCCAGGCCAUCCCUUUAACUCCUAGUCGUGUGUUUUGUGCAGAGAAGUGAAGUGAUGGAGUCAUCUGAGCAAUGUCCUCCGGACUCCGUCCAUCAGGAGGUGAACCCGGUCUUCCUCCAGCAGCUCAGAGAACUGGAUAUCCCUGAGGAGGCAGCCAGACAGGCACUCCUACACACAAGGAAUGUGUCUGCUGAGGAGGCGGCAAUGUACUACUUCAACAAACUAGAAAAUGAGGAAGAAGGGGAUGAAGAUAUGAUGUUCAAGAUGGUUUUUGUUGUGAAUAUGGAAUUGUCCAUGGGAGUUGGGAAGAUGGCAGCGCAGGUAGGCCAUGCAGCUGUGGCUCUGUACCAGGCCAUGCAGGAGAAGAAUACUUGGAGAGAGAUGGCCUGGAAGUGGGACCGUACUGGAGCUAAGAAGAUUGUGCUACAGGGCACCAACAUGGCGCACCUCUUGGAGUUGCAGGCUCUCGCUAUGAGUCUGAGCCUUCCGACAAAACUGAUACAGGAUGCCGGACUCACACAGGUGGAGCCUGGCUCUAGCACUGUGCUGGCCAUCAUGGGAGAGGAAGAAAUGGUCAAUAAUGUUACAGGAAGCCUGAAACUGCUUUGAGUACUGAAAAAAAGCGACAAUGGAAAUGCAGAUGUGUAAGGUGCCACUGUGUGUCCACAGGGGGGCAGAACAGUCCUACAGCAGCAAGACUGCACGAAAACCACAGCAUAAUCUAUGGCGUUCACAUACUUCUACUGACACAUUCUUUUACACACACACACACACACUUAACAGUAAUGAUAUCUGAAGUAGGAGAAGAGCUGCGCAUGUGGGUGGGUGCCUGGAUGUAUCAGUUCUGUUUCAUUUAACAUUUAAAAUGUAUCUGCAUUCAUUCAGUUAUAUAAGGGUCUUUGAGUCUAUAGAAAAACAUGAAAAUGUGUGAAACCACAUUAUACAUUUAAAUAAUAGAUCAAAUGGGUUUAGGGUUAUGAUGCCAACUUGUGUCCUAUUACAUAAAUAAAUAUAGCCCUUAGAAUAUAUAUUGUUUUGGUGAUUGUUGGACCAAAUGUCAUUGUAAAAGAAUUAAAUGAAAUGUAACACUACAUGUAAAGCAUCCUCUUCAGAUGUAAGCACUCCUGUGGUGAGUUUAUUGAUCUACAAAGAGCCUUCCUUUGUUGAGUUGUGAUGUACAAAUCUACGUUUGUCUCGACUUAUGUAAGUGUGAUGAUGCCCCUUUCUAUCAAGCCUUGUUACAGAACAUGAAAGCAUACUGAUAAAGAAGGGGGGGGGGACGCAAAAUCUUAAAGCCAUAUGUUUAUCGUGGAGUGCCAUUGUUAACAAUUUCUGCUACUUUUUGACUAUUUAUUUUUUAUGCAUCUGCUUGUUGUGUCUACUAUAUAUUGACUGUGGGUUCUAGGACUAAAGUUGGCUAUUUGCAAUAAUAUUGACAUGCUUUCUGUCUGCCUCAAUUAAAAUUUCAUUAUAGUGGUACAAGA